UUUUAUAACCAAAAGAAGAGAGCCCAAGUAGUGCAAGACCCCUGCGAUUUGAAAAGCGCGAUCGCAGAAGCAAAAAGAGACAAUCGAGCCGUGUGGAGAGAUUCAGAGGGAGACUAACGGAAGAGGUGAGGCCGCUAGGAAUCGUCGACGGCGACACAUAUUCCGGAUUCUCCAAUCCGAUUCAGAGAUUAUCCUGGACUGGGGUUCUAUCUGCUCAGAGUGCCAUGAAUGAUCAGAAGGGAUCGGAGGAUCUGAGAAAGCAGAAGAUAGAGGUCUUGCUCGAGAAGUUCAAAAGCUUCAAAAUGCUUCCCGGAGAAUUAUUUGAUAUGUUGGAUGAAAGAUUUUACAAAAUUUUGAAUGAUCUUGCAUCACUUAACCACGUUCUUUCUCCCAAAGAAAAGAAUGUAAGGUUACUGAGAUCUCUUCGAGCUGAGUGGUACACCAAAGCCACAGCUAUGGAAGAAGGAAGAAAUCUGGAGAACUACACUGUCCAAGGUCUCCUAGAUGAGCUCAGAACCUAUGAGCACGAGCUGAAGAAGAAGAAGGAAGAACAAGUCACUCCAUUUCCCACGGCACUGAUGACAACUCCUAGAGUCCCAGCAAGCGAAGGGACAUGCCCAAGGAACUGUGACACUCCUUCAUCCAGGCAGCCAUCAAAAACGGAGAACUACGAUGAGGAAUUUGCCAUGAUGAUCAAGCAAUUCCGGAAGUUCAAAAAGUUUUUCAAGAAAGCUGACUCAGUCAGAAGGCCAUCCAAGGGAAAGCCACAGGUAAGUGACUCCCCUCCUGAAUCUUAUUUGUGCUAUAACUGCAGGAAGCCUGGCCACUGGAAGUCAGCAUGCCCGUACCCAAAAGUGGAGAAGUACGGAGAAAGAGAAAGAAACGAGAAGAAGAAGGCAAUGGUAGCAGCUGAGAGUGACGAGUCAUCCAGCUCAAGCUCGGAUGAAGAAGCCCUCGUCUGCAUGGAGCGCAGAGCUGAGAAGUCCAACCAAGAGGAUCGGUGGACCAUGUCAGAAGAUGACACUCUCUGCCUAAUAGCCAAAGAUGAUGCUGAUCAAGAGGUAACUUCACAAACCUCAUGUUCAUCUUCUUAUGAAAGCAUACCAACUUCUGAAAAUCUUUUUGACAAGUUCAAAAAGAUUAUGGAAGAUUUUGAGGAAAUAAAUCUUAAACACACAUCCCUAUCAGAGGAGAACAAGCUAUUGAGUGAAGAGAAUUUCAAGUUGACUGAAGGUCGGAAAAGUCAACUAAGUGAGAUUACUCAAAUCAAGGCUGAGAAUGAAUCUCUUUCUGAAAAGGUGAAAUUCCUCAACAAGGAGCUAGGGAUACUAAAGUUCAAAGAAGCAGUGGAUAAGCUUCUUGAAACGACCAAACGUAAGGGUUGUGAAGGACUUGGUUUUGACCCCUCCAAUUCCAAAAGGAAAGGGAGAACAACUUUUAUCCCUCCCAAACCUAUUGCCAAACCCAAUAAGCAGAAAGGUAAGGAGAAGGAGAAACUUACAGAAGUUCCCAAAAAGUUCUGUGAUAAGGGUUAUUCUCUGGAAUUCUGCAAGGAUAUGGCAUCCCUCAAGAACAUCUCCACAAAUGAAGUCAUUCUCACUGGGAAGAGAAUCAGAAACAUCUAUGAAGUAAUGUGGGACGAUGUCAAGGAAGCAUGCCUAAUCAGCAAAGUUGACAAGCCAUCAAAGCAUAAGGUUCUGGAUCUCUCAGACAAAGAUGAAGAAAUCAAUGAAGGAAAUGGAAUGAAGCCUAUGGAGUUCAUUCCAUUUGGAAGUCUACCUCUGAAGACUUCACAAAGAAAUCCAGACAGUGUUAAGCCUACCGGAAAUCAUGGCCAGCCUUCCAACAUUCCAGAUCACUCACAUGACGACCAUUCCGGAAAUGGCGAUCAAGAGCCAAUCCAUCCGGAAACACCAACAAACUCUAAAUUAGAAGCCAAAUGUUCUUCACCGGCGUUCUAUCAAACUUAUUUGGAGGUGAUUGCUGCACAGGAACUCUCCGAAUUCCUUCAUCUGGAAAUUGGCUUCAAGUAUGAAGAAGAAGUUCUUGAAUUCUACAAGAACGGAAAAGUCUCAACGAUUCAAUCCAAGAAGAACCCACAGAGGACGAUUCAAGUAAUCAAGUCCACUGUUGGAGGCACCAAAACUAUUGGGAUUUCUGGACAAAUCCCCUCUGGCCCAGCAAAGAAGGCUGAUCUGGAAAACGACUAUAAAUUGGUCCUAGAGCUAGUCAUUGCAUGCCUAGAAUGUGGCAGUGGAGGACAUGCAGAUGACAUAACUCAAGAAAGGGCAUUCAUCAUCAACACCCUUAUCACCAGAACCAAGGCAAGAAGUAUGAUGCCAGAUAUUGGCUCUACUGCAGAAGAUGAAGGCUCUUCAGACAAUGUCCUAAUUGUAAGUCUGAAGAAGUCCUCAAAGAGGAAGCAAAUGGUUUCUCCCUCUCCUAGUCAUGAGGAACCACACACUCUUGCCCUGGUUAAUUUGGAUGAAGAAGAAGAAGUCCUUCUUCAAGGAGAGCUUCUUAAGAAGAAGAAAAGAAGAGUCUUCUCUCCCUCCACAUCUGGAAAUGCCAAUCCGGAUGACUUGGUACAGAAUGAACCAAUUGAGGAAGUCUCUGCACGGGAACAGAGUCGUCAACAGUUUGUCACUCCUCAAGACCAGAGUCUUCCAUCUUCUCCAUCACAAGCUCAAACUGACGAUGAAGUGAGCAAAUUCAUGCAGCUCUACUAUGAUUGGAGAGCUUGGAAGACUGUACUCACCACUGAAGCACAGGCUGACAUGGAAGCUGGAGCUGAAGAUUUCCAUGUUUUUCUGGAAACCUCACCUGCUUCUGAUACUGUUCUGCCUGAAGCUGUCCAGGAGAAUGCAGCUAUUCCCCAGCAAGAACAGAUUCAAACAGCAUCUGAAGAAGAGCUUCUACAAUCCCUACAAUUUCAGGUUCAAGAGUUUCUCUCAACCCCUUUUGAGAUCUCCAACACAAUAGAACCUGAAACUUCGGAAAAGUCAAAAGAGAAUCAGGAAGAGUCACCUCUUCCAGACACUACAGAGGAAGAAACAGAUGAAGAGUCAAUGAAGACCCUGAAGAUUAAUGAAGAAGAAGCUGAGCAAGGAGAUGAUGCUCAAUCUCUCUCUGCAACUCUUCUAUAAAGCACCUUCUUCAAAUCAGGGGGAAUGUAAUUCAGGGGGGAACUUAACUGUUUUUGGCUAAUAUUUGUUUUUUGGCAAUGAACUACUGAUAAACUU